AUGGACAUUGAGAGCGAAAUUCGGGAACGUAUCGAAGAACCCACGGACGGAAAGCCAUUUCUACCAAAUGACGCCAUUGACGAAUUGACCGCUCGUCGGAAUGUUCGAGAGUACCUCCGCGCUAACUGCCAGUAUCUCCCCAAGGACGCCAACAUCGAUUCCCUUGUGAGAUACGUUACCGACGAAGACAAUCCAGCUAGACGGGUGUUUCUAAUCUUGGCCCACUGUGAUUGUGUGCAGCACUUGAGCUUGCUACAACAAGAUGGCUUCUAUGAUGCUGACUUGCCGAUCACGAAGACAUGGGAAAAGACCGCGAAACGCUACCGUGUUCAUACCAAUAGUCGAAGGAAGUCUCAGACUCAGAGAAGCAAUCGCAAGCUGUGGCAUUGCUUCGAUCGGUGGAAAAGAAGCAGAGACGUGGAGGAUUUCGACACCAAACAAUGGCGUUUCAUGGCGCCUGUAUUCGGAGCUGACACUUUCGACUACCACCUUUCCCCCAAAUGCCCUCUUCCUAUCACCGAAGAAUCCGUUUCUACGAGGAAAGUGGGGUAUUCUGGUGUGGUCGUGAGUGUCAAAAUUCACGAGGCUCACAUACAGGAUAAAUACAAAGGUCAGCAAAUAGCCUUCAAGCAAUUGCAUCCCAACAUGGACGCCUACUAUGCUCAGGAGUCCGAAGCCCUCCGCAUGAUCAACGAGUUGAACAACCCUCACUUAAUCCAGCCUUUGGCAGCCUACACCAGAGGCGAUAGAUGUGGGUUUUUCUUUCCAUGGGCUAAUGGUGGAACAUUGGAGGAUUAUUGGAGAAACAACCCACGACCUGAGGGAGAGGCGAAUAUUCGAUGGGUCCUCAACCAACUCUAUGGCCUUUCCGGGGCUACCAAAGCCCUUCACCAGAAGAAUUGUCGCCAUACGGACCUCAAGCCUUCGAACAUUCUCCUAUUCAUUGAGAAAGAACUUCCUGGCCGCCUACGAAUCGCCGAUGUCGGUCUGGCCAAGAUUCACAAGGACGAAACAACGCAGCGGGAGAGACUCAAUAUCAUAACGAGUGCGAAAACUAGCACUAAGCGAUACGAAGCCCCUGAACUACAACAGCAGGUCGAUCAGCUCUCUCGCGUCUUCGAUGUGUGGUCUCUUGGUUGCGUCUUUCUUGAGUUCCUGGUUUGGACUUGCUAUGGACGGAGCAGAGUGGACAGGUUUAUCGACUUGAAUACUCCGUUUUGGCAUGUCAGCUCCGGCGAGUAUCAGCGAAGCCUUGUAGUCGAUGAACUGAUUGACAGUUUGCGAAGUGACAUUGCGAAUAAUGGCGGCGGAACCGCUCUGAAGCGUUGUUUGGACUUUGUCGAUAAGAGGAUGCUUGUACCGGAAUACAAGAAUCGAGCGGAUGCUUCGGAAACUCGCGAUGAAUUUCGAAGCAUCCGGACGAGUGAAUCACGGAAUAAUGGCUACUUUCAAAACAUAGCCCUUACUGGUUAG